CCGGCGCCGGCAGUAGUGAACACUACCCCGGAGACCUCUGCAGACGACGAACCUUGGCUACUGCGCUUCGAUGGCGCAUGCCGUCACAACCCAGGCCCAGGUGGAGCGGGAGCAGCACUGUUCGCACCGAAUGGCAAGAUCGUCUGGACGGUAGCGCACUACAUGACUGGAAGGGAAACAAAUAACACUGCGGAAUACACUGCGAUGCUACUAGGUGCCCAGAGCGCGGUCCACCACGGAGCGAGACGCCUGCGUAUCGAGGGCGACAGCCACCUGAUACUGUCACAAGUUCGAGGUUCCUUCGCCUGCAGCAACAAGCGUCUCCGUGCGCUCCGGAAUCGCGUACAGCGCGUCCUCCGAGAGCUCGACUGGCAUCGGCUGAUGCACAUCGACCGGAAGGCGAAUCAGUACGCUGACCGCCUCGCCAACCGAGCUCUCGACCUCAAGCACACGGUAACGGAAUGCGGACCACACGACGGCUCGCUUGAGCAGUGCUUCCGCCCGUCGACGCUACCAUCACCAGACCUGACUGGCCUGCCACCGAGCGACGCAACGGUUCCCCCUGUGCAUCCUGCUGCCAUGCCGGAUGGAUACGCAGAGACCGAGAUGGAGGAUGAAGCCGAGGUGGCAGCGCGAGACGGCGGGGAGGUUUUUCCUACGAUACCUAUUGGUCCACACUCUGCCCCUGCCAAGCAACCUCGCCUUCGCCUCCGCCACCUUACGGAGGAUGAAUUCGACCCAGCCGCCUCGGCUGUGACCCGCAUCUCCACGGAGUUAGCGUCGAAGAUCGCGGACGUGGACGACUGGGCUACCGGCGAGGGCUACAUAGCAGCAAUACCGACCAAGCUACGAGAGGCGCUCCUACCGGACAGCUCGAACACAGGCUCGACGAAGCUCUCGACUCCAUGGAAUCAGCACAACGCGAGACACCGGGAGACCAGGACAGGGUCCGCAAGGCUCGCCGCCGAGUCGGGCGCAUCCGAUCGGUGA